GUUUAAAGCCUGCUGACCAACUGCAAUAAACCCCACGGUACGAAUCAGACCCCUUUACCCGUCGUCAUCUGCAAGUGGAUGUGAUGAACGACACCUUUGCUGACCCGACAUGUGACCCGAUCAGAUGUAUUGAUCGCUCCCCCGCAUAGCUCCUUGAUCUUCCAACAUACGAAGACCAGCUGGAUUUAAACCUUGGAACGGAUGCCUUUCAGGCCCUCAGAACUAAUUUGCAGAAUAAUCAACUUACAAGUCCUCCCUUCUAUGUGUUAACCAAGCCUAACCACUCUUAUCAUACGAUAUGGCCAAAUCCGCAAGACGAGCCGGAAAGGCGAAGGCCUCUGUCACCCCCUCCGUAUCAUCAUCAGGUGCUUCAACUCCAAGCUCACAAUCGGGACCCCUUCCUCCGUUUACCAAAGCUCCCGCGUCUCUCCAGCCCUUCCUCGAACCGCUCUCCCCGAAGGAAGUGUACCUCGUCCACAUCGACACCUCUCCCAAAGACCUCAAGCAGCAGACCUUCCUCGCACCCGCCGUACUCAAUGCUGUGAUCGCCGCUCUCUUAGCUUUCCGAGCCUACAUGGUUCGCAACUUUUACCCGGCACUCUUGGCCCCGUUGAUCGGGCUCGCUAGCACGGUGGCAGUAGACACGUCAACCAUGUCAUGGGGGGAAAUGGCGAACGUAACCCUGCGUCGAACGGGCAACAUCGUGAUCGACUACUUUCUAGUGACGGUUUUUCUAUCUUGGCCAAUUAGUUUCGUCAAGGGCCCUGUCAAGUGGCGCUCCAAGAUCGGGUUCCGUGACCAGGAGAUCAUUGUCCGCCGCAGUCAGCCCACUUUGACCCGAGGAUUGGACCGCAGUCGUUGGAUCAAGGACGAUGAAGAAAUGAGGGACAAGAUCGUCGCUGCGGUAACACCGGACCGAAUCAAGAAAACUGGUUACUUGCUCGUGGAUGCAGACUGGAACCUUGACUAUGAUGCCAUGAUCAAAGCGCAUGAGCUGGUAGACAACGCGAAGAAAGACGACGGACUUCCGUUGGAGGAGUUCCGGACUGCCGUAAUCGUGAACACAGACGCUGAUGGGUGGUUGAUCUGGCACGUUGAAGAUGAGGACACGCCUGAAGGAAGGGAGCGAUCGGGCCAGCGAGACCAGAUCCUGGCAUUCAAAGAAAAAUUGACGAGCAUGGGUAAAGAAGACCUUUUUUUCCGUUGGGUAGAGUUGAUUCAGUAUGAAAGCACUCGGCCCGGAGGGUUUACCCCCGAGAGGCAGCAGUCGGCGAUGGUGCAAGCAAAGAAACUCUUCGAAGACGAAAACGUUGAUUUCGCCCGCUUUUGGGAGGAAGUCGGUGGGUUGCAGGGGUUUACUGAGCAGCUUGAUUGAUUCCAUGCGUGUCUCGCUCGCUAUCAGUUUUUCUUUACUACUUUUCUUGUAGCUUCUACGGUUUCAUCCACAUUAUCGAUGCUAUUUGGCGUUUUAUGUUACCAAGGGUUGCUUAGCAAUCCGGGGGAAAGUUUCGCAUUUUUAUGAACAUAUUAGCGUCUAAUUCAAUAACCAUUGUUUUGCAUUGCCCCAAAUAAGCACCGUUGUGUGUUCAACGGGUUUGAAUAUCAUAAUAAACUGAAGGUGUCAAAAACGAAACAUAUGAGCAUAGCAUGUCUCGAAAUCGAUGGGUAUCAUUCAUGCAAUUUCAUGCAGUAUAAAUUCGGAGA